AUGGAUGUCGCCUGGAGGUUUAGAGUUAUUUUCAUUAUGGGGUUCUGUGUGAUAAUAUUCGGAGAUUUACUGGGUUACGGAGGUGCCAGGAAAGAUCAGAAAGACAAAUCUAUGCUGUCCGGUUUCUCGGCGGGAUUUUGGAGGAGUAGCCAAAGCGCUGUGGAUACGGAUGGAUCGAGCAAUGAAAAUGAAAUCAGCAGCGCCGCGGAAAGUGAAAUCGGCGCGGUCCGGCGACCCUUCGGUGGAGCCGGCAGUGCACUGAAUUCCGCCCAGUUCGAUUCGGUCGCACACAAGGAACGGCUGAAGAACUCGCUGCGUGAGGCUUGCCUGCCCAAGUUGUUGUGCGAAAUGGCCGCCAAGCCCAACUAUUCGCUGAACUUGCGCGAGCGGGACCUUCUCUCGCUGAUACGUUCCACCACGUUAUCGCUGACGAUGGCGGUCAGUCCAACCAAGUGGCACUUUGCAGCGCACAUGGGUCAGCUUUUGCGGGACGCCGGUGAUAGCCUGGUUACCCCUAUGGGCUGCUCGCAUCUGUGGCCUAGUUGUCCGUACAGUUCGAAGAAGCUACUGAAGCUCACCAACGUGGUGCAGCUGAAAUGA